UGCUGGAGCUGCCACUGUUGUCGCCUCCUCUAUUUCAGCUGCACGUGCAACCGCUCCUGCCCCUGGUGGCCCGGGUUCGUGAGAACCCCCAGCUCAAUCCAGGGCAGACCGGGCGCUGGCGAUGGAAGCCAGUGCGGUGGAGACGCGUGUGUUCGUGGAGGUGCGGAGACGGCUGCAGAGCGCGCUGCUGAUCGUGGGGGAGCCAAAAGAAGGAGGUAUGCCCAUGGAUGUUUCCAUAAUGCCAUCCUUGCUCCAGAUGAAAACCCCCACAGGCUGCACAGAGGUUCGGCUCCCAGCAGAGGUCAGGCUUGUACCUUCUUCUUGCCGUGGACUGCAGUAUGUCGCUGGAGAUGGACUGCACCUUCGGCUGCAGGCACACACAGAAUUCAGCACAAAACUGAUUUCAAUAUUUAAUCAAAGCUUACAAGCCCAAGAAUGUUGCACAUUUUAUUGCCAGUCCUGCGGUGACGUCAUAAUAAGGGACAGGAAGCUUCUCAGGAUUCUCCCACUGCCGAGUGAGAACUGGGGAGCUCUCAUUGGAGAGUGGUGUUGUCAUCCUGACCCCUUUGCUAAUAAGCCACUUCACCCAAGAGAGAAUGACUGUUUUAUUGGAGAUUCUUUCUUCUUGGUGAAUAUAAGAAAUGAUUUGUGGCAGGAACCAAAAGCAAAUACCAAAGUAAUUUGUAACCGUUGCAAGGUAAUGUUGGGAGAGAUCAUGUCAUCAGAAACCACUAAGUUUUAUAUGACAGAGAUAAUUAUUCAACCAUCUGAGAGAAGUUUUCCUAUCAUACCAAGGUCUCAGUUUGUCCAGAGUGUUAUUGCCCAGUGUCUGGUGGAACUCUCCUCUGCUAGAAGCACUUUUAGAUUCACUAUUCAAGAUCAGGAUGGCAAAGUGUACAUCUUGCUCUGGCUUUUAAACUCAGACAGUGUGGUGAUUGAAUCUUUGAGUUCCGACCAUAUCAAAAAGUUCCCCCUUUUGGAAGAUACAUUAAAAGCAGACUUCAGUUCUGCCUGGAAUGCUAUCAAGGUCCUCUACCAGCCAUGCCUCAGAAGUGGAGAUGAAAAGCUUGCCAGCUCCUGGGAAAGUGACAUCAGUGUCCACUCAUUGACCUUGCCUGCUGCAACCUGUUUGGAGCUGCUGUUGAUACUAUCAAGGAGUAAUGCCAUCCUGCCACCAUCCCUUCGCCAAAUGAAUUCAUUUCAGCUUCCACGAAUGAGAGAAAACAUACAACCCCCUUCACUUAUAAACUCACUGUAUAUGGUAUAUCAAAUUAAAAAGUUGCACAUCAGAGGAAGCAAUCAACAGAGUAAAGAGACAACCUACGGAACAGGAGAAAAUAUAUCCCCACUAUUCAUCUGACAAAGAGUUAAUAUCUGGAAUAUUUAAAGAACUCAAAAAAUUUAACAAUAAAGAAAUCCAAGUAAAAAAAUGGGCAAAUGACCUGAGUAGGUACUUCUCAAUAGAAGAAAUACAAAUAAAACAAAUUUACAAAAAAAUGUUCAAUGUUAUUGACAGGGAAAUGCAGAUCAAAACUACAGUAAGGUACUGCCUCACCCAAGUAAGAAUGGCUGUUCUAAAAUAAUAAUAAUAAUAAUAAUAAUAAUAAUAAUAAUAAUAAUAAUAAUAAAUGCUGUCAAGGAUGUGGAGCAAAAGGAAUUCUUAUUCAUUAUUGGUAGGGAUGCAAAUUAGUAUAGCCACUAUAGAGAAUAGUAUGGGGGUUCCUUAAGAAACUAAAAACAGAUCUACCAUAUGAUCAAAUGGUAGAUUUGAUCUCUCUUCCUGGUAUCUAUCUAAAGGAAUUGAAAUCAGCAUAACAAAGAGAUAACCAAAGGUCUGUUUUUAUUUUGGCACUAUUCACAAUAGCUAGGGUAUGGAAUCUGCCUAGGUGCCCAUUAUGUUAAAUAAAAUAAGCUGGACAUAGAAAGACAAGUGCCACAUGUUCUCUCUCGUAUUUGGAAGCUUUAAAAAGUCCACCUGAAAGUAGAAUAGUGAUUACUAAGGACUGGGAAAGGGGAAGAGUAGGCCAAGGGUGGUUGGAUUUGAUCAGUGAAUGCCAUAUGCACAUAUGGAAACAUUACUCUGAACUCUAUUAGUAUAUACCAUUAUUACAUGUUUUUUUUUUUUUUUUUUUUAAAGAAAUGGGUCUGGGCUUAAUUUGAUUCUUCCUCUCAUAUUUGACAAUUUUAUUGUCUUCUAGAGGGGGAGGAAAUGUAGUUUUUUAAUUUUAUUUUUUAAAAAAGGUUCUUUUGACACUCAAACCAGUGCCUUUAGUUUAUACUGGUCUAGAAUGCAACUCAGUUUGUUGAAGUAAAGAGAGGACCUGUGAACCCUCUUCCAAUUAGCUGAAUCAUGUAAGUCAGAUGAUUUGCUCAGCAUCAAUGGCUCUCAAACUGUAGGGAGCAGCAGAAUUACCUGGAGGGUUUAUUAAAACACCAUUUACUGUGCCCCUUCCCAGAGUUUCUGAUUCAGUCGGUCUGGAGUGGGGAAGGAUAACUCACCGUUCUAAAAAGUUCCCAAGUGCUGCCAAUGUUGCUGGUCCAGAGACAACAUGUUGAGAACCACUGGGCUAGACUAUGCUAAUGUCUCAAUAUCUAAUAUCCCCCCUCCCCAAACCCUCAAAUUUGCUUUCCGAUGAAAAAAAUCAUGUGUUUGUCCCUCCCCAACUCAAUAAAUACUGCUACAUAGUGAAAUAUAGCAAAGCCAUUAAAAUUAUUCUAAAAAAUAUUAUUGUCACAUGAAAAUCAUCACCAUGUUUUAUAAAGUUACAUAUAUAGAAAUGUCCAGGUAUACAUAGAAAAUAAAAACCUAGAAAGAUAUCCAAAAUGUUAACAGUAGUUAUCCCUGAGCAAUGAAGCUCCCAAAGUUGUAUUUUCCUUUGUGUGUGUGUUUUUUUGUAUGUUCUAACUUGUUUAUAAUUUAUACAAUCAUAAUCAGUUAUUAAAACAGACAUUAUAGUAGGUAAUGUAAGCCUUAAUUUUUCCAAGCCUAACAAUUGCGGUAAAGACCUUGUUGAAUAUCCACAACAGAAGUAAAGUUGUUUUAUGAGAUAAAAUCAUCCAAGGCAAGUUUUAAAAGUAGCUAUGACUUUCUUCAGUCCUUUCCCUAAAAAGUGUGGUGGAUCACCUGGUCCAUUCUUUCUACUUCACAGAGUUCUGUACUUGGGCACCCAGGUAGUCUUGACCUCAGAGCCCCUCGUUAGCAUCUCAUUACUGAUUACAUAAUAUUUUCAUGGAAUUUUCUCACUUUUGACCACAGGGAUCUUCAACCACAAUCUCACAAAUUAUUCUCUACUUUAUCCUUGAUACAAUGGGUCAGAAAGUGUUUUAUCUGGAUGAACUUUCUUCUUUGGCUGGAUCUCUUUUAAAAGAAUUUAUAUUUUUAGCUAAAUUAGGAAUUUAUUAUCACUGAAAUAAACCUGUUUAAAUGUCAGAAAGCAGUCAUCUGCUAUAGAAAAUUAUUUUGUUCCCAGUAGGAAGGUUCAUGUACCCUCCUGGGAUUUCCAAUUUUGCUGAUAUCCUAAGUAUAUCUGUUUCUUCAACACUUAACAUGGCUUCCUUUAAAAAUGAUAUAUUAAAAUAGUUUUGCUGCUGAAGUCUCCUUUCCUCAAAAAAUGGAAGAUAUUCAAAUAAAUUUAUUCUAUAGACCUCCAGUAAUUCUGUUUCUGACUAAACUUGUUUGGGGAGGGGGCAUGUCACCAGUAGGUAGCACAGUGAUAAUUUUCAAAACAUCUCUCUAGUCCAGAGCUACAGUGGUACCACUGUUCUCAUUUGCCAAGUUUGCACUUUGAUAAUCCACAGAAAGGAGGAAGAAAAAGAGCUUUUAAGGGGAUGUGGCUCAGUGGUCAAGUGUCCCUGAAUUCAAUCCCUGGCACCCCCCCAAAAAACAACAAAAGCACCUUUUAAAUUUAUGGGUGAUAAUAUCAUAGUUUAUUUGUUGAGGGGGUACUGCUUUAUAUCAUGCAUUUCUCCACCCACCAUAUUAGUACAGUUAUUUCCUGACAAAUAUGUUUUGUGCUUGAGGCAGUAUAUUUUUAUGUAAUACCUGAAGACUUGCCAUAUAAAUGUUUGCUCCAUGGGUUGCCAAGGUUAGCAGUGUUUCUCAUAUUGGAAGUGUCACUGCUGGGUUUCAAUCUGGGUGUCCACUGAGGAACAUGGCUCGGCUUAGCUUAACUGUUUCCCAAGUAGAUGAGAAUCAACAGCCUGUUAAGUUAUAGGUACAUUAUCAUAGUGUGUCCAUGACUUAUAAAAAUUCCCACUUGAAUCAAAGUGUGAAAUAUGAUAUAUCAAGAACUAUGUAAUGUUUUGAACAACCAACAAUAAAAAAAU